UAGUGUUCCGCUCUCCAUACUAAAUAGGAAACUGGACGUGAUGUGGAAUUAGAGCCUACCCAGCUGAAGCCACCCAACACUUACUACAAAUAUAGCCGCGACGCGUAGGCCACAAAAUGGCUCCACUCACUUUUCCCAAUGAAAAGCAAAUGGAUUUAGCAGUUUUAUCCCGAUGCGGGUGUCCUUCCUCUCUGUAAAGUCGUAAGUACCUUGAGGUGGGAGGAGUAAAUUCAGCCUGACACCGAGAGCGCUUUUGUUGAAACAGGAGAGACUUGCGGUGUCCCUACUUAAAUAUGACACAUGACGAUGGACAGGCCGCCCGCCCCGCCGCCGCCCCCCAGUGACCCCCGCGAUGCCCGCCCCCCCCGGCGGCACGACUCGGAAGCGGAGCCCACGACCGAGCCCGACGGCAGCCGGGGGGGCAUGGAGGCGCCGCCGGAGCCCCAGCUGCUGCUCAACGGGGCGGCCAAGGAGGCGGGCCGGCCCUCCCCCGGGCCCCCCGCCGCCGCCGCCGUGCCCGUCAUCGAGCUGGUGCGCCGGGGGGGCUCCCUGGACAUAAAAAGCCGGGAGGCGGCGGGGGAGGCGAUGCAGAGAGCGCCGGGCUCCGAGCCGUGCCGAGCCGCCGAAGCCGCCUGCGAAGCCCGCAUGGUGCAGCUGAGCCCCCCCGCGCUCCCGCUGCAGCCCCCCGGCAGGGCCAUGCUCUACAACCUGGGGCAGCCGCUGGGAGCCAUCGGCAGCGGGUUUUUCGGCGAGCCGGACUCCUUCUCCAUGUACGGCAGCAACCGGGUGAAGAGGAGGCCCUCGCCCUACGAGAUGGAGAUCACCGACGGUCCUCACACGAAAGUGGUUCGCCGCAUCUUUACCAACAGCCGGGAGAGGUGGAGACAGCAGAACGUGAACGGAGCCUUCGCCGAGCUUCGCAAGCUCAUCCCCACUCACCCGCCCGACAAAAAACUGAGCAAGAAUGAGAUUCUGCGCCUGGCCAUGAAAUACAUCAACUUCCUGGCCAAGCUGCUCAACGACCAGGAGGAAGAAGGAAACCAAAGGGGCAAAGGGAACAAAGACUCGGGGAUAGUCCAGGAAGACCUCCUGCAGGAUAUGUUGUCUCCUAACUCCAGCUGCGGAAGUUCUUUAGAUGGCGCGGCGAGCCCGGACAGCUUCACGGAAGAGCACGAGGCGCUGGACUCGAAGCACGCGCGGGGCCUGCACCACGCCAUCCUCCCCGUAGAAGGCAACGCGCAGCGGUGAUGACCCCCACGGCGUUCCCCGAGCGCGAAGGGGGAGGCGAGACCCAGGCGGGUGGGAUUCGGGACGCUCUGCCCCGGGGCUCGGGCUCCCCGUCCUCCCGGCCCAGGAUGGGGUGGGCGGCGCGUUGGCCGAGAGCAAGACCCAACGGGACGGACGCUCGGCGUUUAGGUACGGGACCGUACGAAGAAGCAAAGCAUUGAAGUCGUCUUCGUUGUACAUAUCGCUCGCGGCGUGACUCUGAGGAGGGGAGGGCGACGCGGCCAGUGCCUCUCCAGCACUUCGAGGGUUUUUCAGACCGCUUGAUGGCCACUUAAGCAGUCACCCAGCUGGGACAGGAGACACCGAACUCCUCUUUCUCUCCAGCCGAGGCCACGGACGUGGCUCUGGAGGCCACAGGGAGCUGCGGGCACUGCCGCCUUUCCCCAGGAGCGCGUGCGGCUUCUCGGAGCCGGGGCCACGGGGGCCUCUUGUCCGAGAGCUUUGACUGUACCUUUUUAAAGAGGUGAAAAAUGCCCUCAGCAAAAGAACUAUUAAAAGGAUUGAGACUUUU